AUGCGGUAUUGUUCAUAUUUCGCAAUAUUUUCUUUCUUUGAAUAUGUUAUUUUCAUCACAUCAAAACAAAUACCAUUAAUUGGACUUUUUACAUCGGAUAAUUAUAAUAAUCGUUCGUCAUCAUUAAUUAUUAAUUAUGCGUUAAGCCAUUUAAAAACGAUACAAAAUUUAUCUACAGAACUUUUUAUACAGCACGCUCAACAAGAUAUUCCAUGUGAUAUGGCUGUUGGUACUAAAGUGGUUUUUGAUAUGCUGAAUCGGCGGCCGAGACCAUUGGCUAUAUUCAGUGGUUCUUGUCAAACCGUAGCAUCAGCUAUUGCUGAAACAGCUGGAAUAUAUGAUAUGACUAUAAUAAUUUAUUCAGAAACAAGUUCACUUUUUACAGCUCGAGAAAAAUAUCCAUCAUUAAUUCGUACUGUGCCUGGCGAUUCUCAACAUAAUAUAGCUCGAGAAUUGCUAUUAAAAAAGUACAAUUGGCGACGUUUUGGAAUACUAUACCAAUAUGAAAGACAAUAUACUAUGCCUGUAACACGAUUUAACGAUCUUUUGCAAGAUGAUGCCGAUUGGGAAAAUGCUGUAUCGAAAGGUAUUUCAUUUAAUGAUCUUGAUGAAACUCAAGGCAAUCGAACACGAAACUCGCUAAAAGAUGCCUUUGAUGAAAUACAGAGAAAUAACAUUCGUAUUAUUGUGGGAAAUUUCAAUUCAACUAUGGCUACUCGUAUAUUUUGUGAGGCAUUUCGUUAUAAUCUAUACGGUUCAAGAUUUCAAUGGAUUAUUGUUGGCUAUUAUGAAGAAGAAUGGUGGCUAAAAAAUCAAGGUUCUUGUAAUACAUCUGAAAUUCUACAAGCAUUAAAUGGAACACUUCAAACACGUGUAGCUGAAUUAGGCUAUAGUAUGAAUUCUCAAACAUUAGCUGAAUUGACACCGGCACAAUUUAAAUUUGAUUUAUCACUUCUGAAACUGUCUUCGCAUGAUCUAAAUCCAUAUUUUAUUGGUUAUAAAUUUGAUGCUAUUUUAACUUUAACAUUUGCAUUUGACCAAUUAGAAAAAUCUUUAUCAACAACAAAUUGUUCAACUAAUUUUACUAUUGAUUCAGUAUGGCGACAAUCCUGUUGGCGUAUUGAAUUAUUAAAUAUAAUAAAAAAAUUCGAUAUACAAGGUGUGACUGGGCGUAUACGUUUUAAUAAUGGUGAUCGCAUUGGUGAAAUUGUUAUUGAACAAAUUUUAGUAUCUCGUAGUCGCAAAACAAAACCGGUUGAUAUUAGGAAAUUAUUUGUUGCAUUACCAACAAAUCAAUCGACAUAUAUUCUAUUGGCUGCUAAAAAUGGAAGAAAUAUUGCGUGGCAUGGCAAUGGACCGCCCAAUGAUCGUAUAAAACGUAUUGAACGUGAUCAAAGAAUUUCUGUAUUGACUUAUACGAUAAUAGCAAUCAUCAGUGGAACAGGAAUACUUCUAGCAAUAGGCUUUUUUGUUUUUAAUAUUGUUUUUCGUACUCAUAGAUUUAUUCGAAUGUCAAGUCCACAAAUAAAUAAUUUAAUUAUAGCUGGGAGUAUUCUUGCGUAUACUAGCGUUCUUUUAAUGGGCAUUGAUUCAACAUUACUUGGGAGAAGAAGUUCAGAAGCGGCCAUGAAUUUCAUUUGUGCAAUUCGUGUGUGGACAUUAUCCAUUGGUUUUACGAUAUCAUUCGGAGCUAUUUUUAGUAAAACAUGGCGUGUACAUACAAUAUUCACUAAUGUUAAUGCAUCAAAACGAGCCGUGAAAGAUUAUCGUCUUUUCAUAUUUGUUGGAGUGCUUCUAGCUAUUGAUACAGUUUUAUUAGCUGCAUGGCAAAUCGUUGAUCCUUUAAAAAUAUUUAAAAAUAUUAGUCAAAGAGAGACAAAAGAUGAAGAUAUUGUUAUUCUAUGGAUCUAUGAAGAAUGCCGAUCAAAUCGUCGUUCAAUUUGGAUUACAAUGCAAUCAAUAUAUAAAGGUGUACUUAUGGCUGUUGGUUCUCGUUUUGCUUGGGCGACUCGACAUGUGCAUAUAGCAGGAUUGAACGACUCGAAAUAUGUUGGCAUGAGUCUCUACAAUGUUGUUCUACUAAGUAUCAUAACAGCUGUUGUUGGCUAUUUUUUACGUGAUCAACAUGAACGUUCAUAUAUAUUAACAUCCGUAUUUAUAUUACUUUGUGUCACAAUAACAUUAUGUUUAGUAUUUGCGCCAAAAGUUCUUGAAGUAGCCAGAGAUCCACGAUCAAUAGCUAAACCACAACGUCCAGUUGUGCGCAAUGCUAGAAACAAUUUGCCGCCAGAUAAAACACCAGAGAGAAAAAUGCUGUCACAUUAUAAUCAACAAAUUAUUUUACGCAUCAAACAAUUAACAAAUCAAAAUGAUGCAUUGAAAUUAAAUACAACGAAGUGUGAUGCAUUAAUCAAUCAACUGCUAUCAGCUUUAGAAGACAAAAACUGCAAAAGAUAUAAGUUUGAAAUAUUUCUUCCUUCCACAACGCUGUUCAUUGAUGAAACCACCAAAACACAUGAGUCGGAUUGGUUACUUGAAGAUCAAAAUGAUUUUCGAAAGUAA